AUAUUUCGGAUUGGGUUUAUGGCUUCCGGAAAUAUUUACGAGAUUUCGACAUUACCAUCUUGCUAAUCAAAAUUCGACAGUAUCUUUAAGAGAUUUAAUGAGAAUCGACGAGGUGUCCCAAAAUAACGACUGCAGCCCGACAUUCGAUAGUACAGUAUUUCAAAACACAUUGGCCAUGGGUAUCAGUUCUUUGGUGUGCCAUUUAACGUCUGGCUUUUUGGCUGGAAGAAUUGAUCGAAAAAUAAUUCCGACAGGAACUAUGCUUUUAGCUGGGCUUUGCUCAGCGGUCAUCUAUUUCUUAAGUGAUUCGUUACAGAUCGUGAUAGUGGCAUGUGCCUUUCAAAGUUCCAUUGCUACGGCCAAUAUGGCGCUGUCGAGCAUUACCGUUGAUCUUUUUCCGACUUCCGUUAACGCAGUGGGUACUUGUUUGGUAACAUGUGCCGGAAGAAUUGGUGCCAUCGUAAGCAACGUGUUAUUUGGUUAUUUAAUGAGUACCAUGACCGCGGUACCUCUUUUUUCCGUCGCUAUUGUUUUACUCAUAACCGGACUCAUGUGUCUAAUAAUUCCCGUUGAAAAUAAUAAUUAGA